AUGACGAAGGUGCUGGCGAUCGUGCUGGUGGCGCUGGCCGCUGGGGCGGCCUGCGCAACGGCACAGGAGGCCCCAGACUGCGAGGCGCCGCUGGCCCAGCUGCGCGAUCAGCUGGAGCGCGCAAGGGCGGACCUGACGGCGGCGGAGGGGACCAGCACAAGCUGCUCGGAGGAGGCUGCCGGCCUGCGGGCGAAGCUGCAGGAGGCUGAGGGCGCCCUGGCCGCCAGCGCGGACGCGGCCAAGGAGCUGCAGGCCAAGCUGGAGGCGGCAGAGGCGGCGCUGGCGGCGGCGCCUGAUGCCGCCGCCCUCCAGGCCGAGAAGCGGGAGCUUGCGGCGGACGCCAAGAUCGCCAAGGACAGCCUGUCGGCAGCCAGGCAGAAGCUGGCGGCGCUGGAGGAGCGGGCCGGCACGUGCGACGCCGAGCUGCACCUGGCGCAGACCGAGCUGCAGAGCGCCAAGCUGGAAGUGGCGGGGCUGCAGGACAACACAGAGCAAGCCCGCGUCGCCAUCACCAGGUGCAUGGGUCAGCAGGAAGAGCUGAAGGAUGCCGCGGAGCAUGCGGAGAAGAAAGCGCAGGAGGCGAGCGACGAGGUGGCGAAGCUGCGCGCUGAGGUGGCGGCCGCCGAGGGCGCCUGGCUGCCGCCGUGGGCCGCCGCCAGCCUGGGCCCCGCCCUGGCCCGCACCCAGGAGCUGGCGAAGCAGUACAGCGUGCAGGGCAGCGCGGCGGCCCAGCAGGCGUGGCAGUCGCACGGCAAGCCCGCGCUGGCCCGUGGCCUGGCGGUUGCUCAUGAGAAGGCGUCCCGGCUGAAUGCCGCCAUCGAGGCCAAGGCCGGCGACAGCUGGCCCAAGGUCAAGGCGGCUGCGGCGACGGCCGCCUCGGCCGCCGCCACGCACGGCGCCGCGGCCGCCGCCGCCGCACGCAAGGCCGCGCUGGCGGCGUGGGAGUCGGAGGCGGUAGCCGCUGUUCGGCCCGCGCUGGUGGCGGCGUGGAGGCGCGCCGCGGCGCAGGCGCGGGUGGUGCUGGGAGAGCUGGAGGAGCUGCUGAUCAGGGUGCUGGCCAAGAACAACAACACGGCGGCGCUGGCCCGCCGCCCCUACGUCACCUACCUGGUGUACGGGGCCCUGGUGGUGCCGCUGGUGGCGUUUGGCAUGCCGCUGCUGGGCCUGCGGCGCUCCAAGGCCAAGCCCGCGGGCAGCAGCCCCAGCUCGGGCGGAGCCCCCAUGAGCACCAAGAAGAAGAAGAGCAAGCCCGUAGGCCGGGCGCAUUAG